AUGAUCAAAGAAAUUGGGAAUGUGAAAGGAGUGAUAAAAGAGCCAAAUAAAAGGUUGUUGGUGAGUGUGAAUGUUCUUGGAAGCGUUGGUCCUAUAAGCUUUUUGGCUAAUGAAGACGAUAGAGUUUCAAGUGUUAUUAACACAGCUUUGAAAGCUUAUGCUCGUGAAGGCAGGAUCCCGGUUCUAGGGUUCGAUGUUGAUAACCUCAUUUGCUACUCCGUCAAUGCCGGAUUCAACAUUAUGAAUCCACAAGAGAUGAUAGGUUCAGUGGCUGUAACGAAGAUCUUGCUGUGCAAAAAAGAGCCAGAGCCAGAGGAAGAAGUCGAAGUCGAAGAAAGAAGAAAGGGUAAAGCUCGGGCAGUUCGUGGAUGGAAAAGUCGUCUUCUUCGGUCCUUGUUCUACUGGAAAACUCGCAGAUAA